AUGUCUCUUCGCAAAGGAGUUUACUGCAUUCAGAACGUUGGAUCAGGUCAACCAUGGGUCGCAACUAGCUCUGUUUCACGCGGGUUACUGCCGCUCCCAGUGCCUCUAAGGACGAUAUUAUCAGAAGACAGAAGGACUCCAUUGGAGAUCAUUCCGAUCGACGAUGAUAAAUAUCAACUUAGAGUGUAUGGCGACUUUGUAUUCAGGGAUAAAGAAGACCUCAAGGAGCCGGUUAAAAUCAGUUUCGAAGCAAUAGAAAUCGAGGAUAUAUGGUGGGUCAUUGAACGCGGAAGUAGAGGGUCACUUUAG